AUGCCAUUUCUCAGAAACGAUUCUGAAUCACCUCGUGAUUCCGAAAUAACCAAUGAUGCUUUUGAGAAGCUCGUGGAGGACUUGAGUGCCGCCUUAGGCCCAAGCUCAGGUCUUGACUCUAGCGACGUCGACCCCAUGCAAAUACAACUCUUGAUGGAGAAAUAUACCUCAAAUUUAGAGGAGUGGUCAAAAUAUGCGCUUGGCGAUGCAAGCAGGACGUACACGAGAAACCUGAUUGACGAGGGAAACGGCAAGAGCAACCUGCUGAUCCUCGUAUGGAGUCCUGGGAAAGGUAGCACGAUUCAUGACCAUGCCAAUGCACACUGCGUGAUGAAGAUCCUCAAAGGCAAACUCCAAGAAGAUCUCUACUCAUGGCCCGAUCAGAAGCAGAUUGAAAAUGGCCAGAAGUGCCCACCACAGCUCACCAAGCAAACUACCUAUGGUGAGGACCAGGUGACAUACAUGUCUGACAAGCUUGGACUACAUCGCAUAUCCAACCCGGACCCAGAUGACUUCGCCGUCUCAUUGCAUCUCUAUACACCGCCUAAUGCCGCUAUUCAUGGAUUCGGCAUCUAUGAUGAAAGAACUGGCAAAGCCAGGCACAUUAAACAAACCAACUUUUACUCGUUCCGUGGUCAACGUCUCAAUGAUGGACUCGAGUAA